UCCUCGUCCAGUAACGGCAACCUGCGGCACGGCAAAGGUGCCCAAAAGAAAACGCUUAUUUCUAAAGUGUUCGCAGAUGAGUCAGGACAACAUGAACCACUGUCUGACUUGUCCAUGGAGAUGACUCUGCUCAUUGUCAAGCGUUGUGUUAAAGAAAUUCGGGAGCGAGGUAAGUAUUUCUUUUGUCACACGGCUGGUCUGAACUCCCGAAGGACCUAUCCACAGCCGCUAAUAUCUCUAGCGCCUAAUAUUCCCCCGGCAUUUCAUAGGUCUCACAACCAAGGGCAUCCUUCGCCAAGUCCAGAUGGGCCACAGCCAAAAGGUGGUCAUGGACACUAUACGCCUCAUCCUGGACGACGAGGCCAACACAGAGCUUUCGGCGUUGCGCCAGGUCGACAUCCAUUUGGUGGCACAUGCCAUGAAAUGGGCGAUUCGAUACUCCGAGGAGACUCUGGUCACAUAUGAGGACUAUCAGGUCUUGUACCUCGACCAAGGUAAUACUGGCAACGAAGCGGCGUCGCGAGGAGCAAAUGUAUAUUGGAAAGGUCGUCAAGCAGGUACGAACCAAGGCUAACUGAACGU